UACCACAAAUAUACACAAACUCUUUCCAACACAUUCCUCAAUCUGUUUCUUAGUUUCUUCAAACCGAAGCAUCAUCAUUAUUCACUACUACAGAUAUCACUGUGUCAAGCAAGAUGGAAGAAUCCAAUAUUCCAAUCAAGAUUGAUGAUAAAUCAGCAGGUGAUGUAAAAGAAGAUAAGGUUGAGAUAGAAAAAGAUCUGGAGAUUAAAUCAGUAGAGAAAGAUGAUGAGAAAAAGGAAAAGAAGGAUAAGGAGAAGAAGGACAAAACUGAUGUAGAUGAGGGUAAGGAUAAGAAGGACAAAGAGAAGAAGAAAAAAGAAAAGAAGGAAGAGAAUGUUAAGGGUGAAGAAGAAGAUGGUGAUGAAAAGAAGGAUAAGGAGAAGAAGAAAAAGGAAAAGAAGGAGAAGGGAAAAGAAGACAAAGACAAGGAUGGUGAAGAGAAGAAAUCUAAGAAAGACAAGGAGAAGAAAAAGGACAAGAAUGAAGACGAUGAUGAAGGUGAGGAUGGAAGUAAGAAAAAGAAGAAUAAGGAUAAGAAAGAGAAAAAGAAGGAGGAGGAUGAGAAAGAAGAGGGUAAAGUAUCUGUAAGGGAUAUUGAUAUAGAAGAAACCGCGAAAGAAGGUAAAGAGAAGAAGAAGAAAAAAGAAGACAAGGAAGAGAAGAAGAAGAAAUCUGGAAAGGAUAAGACCAAUGAUCCUAGUAAGCUGAAACAGAAGCUUGAAAAAGUGAAUGCAAAGUUAGAAGCACUCUUGGAAAAGAAGGCUGAUCUAGAAAGGCAGAUUAAAGAAGGUGAAGAUGGAGGUCAAGAUAUUAACGUGAAGGACAAGUAAGAGAUAUAUAGCACAACAGUUCAGAAUACCAUGGAUGAUCAUUUACUGUAAUCAUAUAAUAUAAUAAUGCUUAAUUUUGUUUUGUAUAAUAAAGCUGUUUUCUUAAUUUUGAGUGAAAAAUGAUGCAUUUGUGCAUAUAAUGAAGAGACUUAUCCAGCUUCUAUUUC